UUUGAUGGGGAGGUUGAAAGAAGCAGCAGUAGUACUUCAGAAAGAUUUCACAGAGAACCUGAGACACGUAUUGAGAUACCCAGGGCUUCAGAUGACAAGGGAGGUGACAAAUGGGUCUGCAAUCAGCCUUCGCGGACAAUCAUACUGAGAGGGCUACCCUUUGAUGCAGAUGAGAAAAUG